ACUUGUUCCCGUCUUUAAUGUGCAAUCUGUUUUCUCCAGCGGAGGGCACUCAGUGUAUCACAAACUCAAGCAUUAGCACCAACAAGCUCUGAGCAUCAUCAGUCUCUGGAAAGCCUUCUGAAUUAGACAAGGGCUGCCUCUCAGCACAGCUACAAAACACUUUAAACCUGACCAGCUAAAUGGAUAAACCUAGCCUGCAUAGCUUUUAAACUGGGGUCUCAUACAGCACAGGAGGCCUACUUGCUUCAAGAACUGAAAAUCCAGAGGAUGAAUUGCUUUAUCUGGGAAUGGCAAAAGCCAGCACAAUAAGGAAUGCCAGGUAUUCUGAAGAUUUUCUUUUUUUCCUCUCUUUUUACAGAGAAGUUGGUUACCUCCGAGAUGGGCUGUAGCUCUUUUGCACAGAUUGCCAAUUACUGCUGAUGGGUCUCUGGUGAAUUACACAAUGGUCCUCAGAGCCUAGAGGCCCUCCCCCCUCCCUAUCCCCCCAACGGCUUCCUUUUCCCUGCUCCCCCCAACCAUCCCACCCUGUGCUGAUUUUUUUAUAUAUAUAUGUGUAUAUAUAUAUGUAUUUUUUUUUUGCCUGUCCUCUCGGGGAAGUUUGUAUGGGGCUACUAGCUCACAUGCGGAAUCAGAAUGGUGUGAAUGACAGCCGCACUGUGUCAUGAAGGUGGUGGUGGUUUCCGCACAAGAGACCAAAUAAGAAGAAAGCUGAGAGAGGGGGGAAACGUUUUUGGAUGACAAAGGAUGGGUUUCCAUUUAAUUACGCAGCUGAAAGGCAUGAGUGUGGUGCUGGUGCUACUUCCUACACUGCUGCUUGUUAUGCUCACGGGGGCUCAGAGAGCUUGCCCAAAGAACUGCAGAUGUGAUGGCAAAAUUGUGUACUGUGAGUCUCAUGCUUUCGCAGAUAUCCCUGAGAACAUUUCUGGAGGGUCACAAGGCUUAUCAUUAAGGUUCAACAGCAUUCAGAAGCUCAAAUCCAAUCAGUUUGCCGGCCUUAACCAGCUUAUAUGGCUUUAUCUUGACCAUAAUUACAUUAGCUCAGUGGAUGAAGAUGCAUUUCAAGGGAUCCGUAGACUGAAAGAAUUAAUUCUAAGCUCCAACAAAAUUACUUAUCUGCACAAUAAAACAUUUCACCCAGUUCCCAAUCUCCGCAAUCUGGACCUCUCCUACAAUAAGCUUCAGACAUUGCAAUCUGAACAAUUUAAAGGCCUUCGGAAACUCAUCAUCUUGCACUUGAGAUCUAACUCACUAAAGACUGUGCCCAUAAGAGUUUUUCAAGACUGUCGGAAUCUUGAUUUUUUGGAUUUGGGUUACAAUCGUCUUCGAAGCUUGUCCCGAAAUGCAUUUGCUGGCCUCUUGAAGUUAAAGGAGCUCCACCUGGAGCACAACCAGUUUUCCAAGAUCAACUUUGCUCAUUUUCCACGUCUCUUCAACCUCCGCUCAAUUUACUUACAAUGGAACAGGAUUCGCUCCAUUAGCCAAGGCUUGACAUGGACUUGGAGUUCCUUACACAACUUGGAUUUAUCAGGGAAUGACAUCCAAGGAAUUGAGCCGGGCACAUUUAAAUGCCUCCCCAAUUUACAAAAAUUGAAUUUGGAUUCCAACAAGCUCACCAACAUCUCACAGGAAACUGUCAAUGCGUGGAUAUCAUUAAUAUCCAUCACCUUGUCUGGAAAUAUGUGGGAAUGCAGUCGGAGCAUUUGUCCUUUAUUUUAUUGGCUUAAGAAUUUCAAAGGAAAUAAGGAAAGCACCAUGAUAUGUGCGGGACCUAAGCACAUCCAGGGUGAAAAGGUUAGUGACGCAGUGGAAACAUAUAAUAUCUGUUCUGAAGUCCAGGUGGUCAACACAGAAAGAUCACACCUGGUGCCCCAAACUCCCCAGAAACCUCUGAUUAUCCUUAGACCUACCAUCUUCAAACCUGACGUCACCCAAUCCACCUUUGAAACACCAAGCCCUUCCCCAGGGUUUCAGAUUCCUGGCACAGAGCAAGAGUAUGAGCAUGUUUCAUUUCACAAGAUUAUUGCCGGGAGUGUGGCUCUCUUUCUCUCAGUGGCCAUGAUCCUCUUGGUGAUCUAUGUGUCUUGGAAACGCUACCCAGCCAGCAUGAAACAACUCCAGCAACACUCUCUUAUGAAGAGGCGGCGGAAAAAGGCCAGAGAGUCUGAAAGACAAAUGAAUUCCCCUUUACAGGAGUAUUAUGUGGACUACAAGCCUUCAAACUCUGAGACCAUGGAUAUAUCGGUUAAUGGAUCUGGGCCCUGCACAUAUACCAUCUCUGGCUCCAGGGAAUGUGAGAUGCCACACCACAUGAAGCCCUUGCCAUAUUACAGCUAUGACCAGCCUGUGAUCGGGUACUGCCAGGCCCACCAGCCACUCCAUGUCACCAAGGGCUACGAGACAGUGUCUCCAGAGCAGGACGAAAGCCCCGGCCUGGAGCUGGGGCGAGACCACAGUUUCAUCGCCACCAUCGCCAGGUCGGCAGCACCGGCCAUCUACCUUGAGAGAAUUGCAAACUAAUGCUGAAGCCAACUCCUUACUGGGGAGCUCCAUGGGGGGAGGGAGGGCCUUCAUCUUAAAGGAGAAUGGGUGUCCACAAUCGCGCAAUUGAGCAAGCUCAUCGUUCCUGUUAAAACAUUUAUGGCAAAGAGAAAA